ACACCUGUCCUGUAGUGUCCCUCCGCCGUACUGAUACUACGAUGACUGCCUGUGUAUGCGAUACUGCUAUAUACGUGUACUGCAUCAUACCAUACCAAUGACUGACAGUAACAACAGUCUGUUACUUCCCUCUCUGGGAGCAGGAGGGACACAACACAGGGUCUUACAUUACAGAUUUCAAAGCCUUACCAUGACUUUUCAGUGGACAGCGGUGGCAUUGUUCCUGUAUGGGGAAAUCGGAGUUAUAUUAAUUCUUUGCAUCCCAUUUAUUUCUCCUUCAAGAUGGAAGAAGAUAUUCAGAUAUCAUAUAUGGAGCAAAAUAGCUCCCUACUGGAAUAAAGCAUUUUUAUCCAUAAUAGUUAUUUUGAUUGUUCUUUUCCUAGAUGCUGUGAGAGAGGUUAGAAAGUAUUCUGUGAGUCCAACAACUGAUAAGUCAGAUAAGCUUUACUCUAACACCUAUGAUCAUCUCCAUAUGAAGCUCUUCAGAUCCCAACGAAAUCUUUAUAUCUCUGGAUUCUCCCUCUUUCUGUGGCUUGUUUUGAGAAGAGUAGCUAAUUUGAUAGUGCAGUUGGCAUCAGAGACCGAAUCAUGUGAUGCUCUAAAGGCACAAGUGGAAAAAAACAACGAAGCUGCAAAAAAGUAUAUGGAAGACAAUGAACAUCUGAAAAAGGUUUUGGACUCAAGUAAAAUCAGUGACAAUGAACAGAAAAUCAAAAGGGAAAAUGAAAACUUGAAGAAUGAAAUUAGAAAUGGUAAAGAAGAAUUGCAAAGAAUGGCAGAAGCACUCUCCAAGUCCCAAACAGAAGUCCUUGCCCUGCAGAAGCAGAGUGAAGGGCUAACCAGAGAAUAUGAUCGUCUUAUAAGGGAACAUGAGUUACUACAGAAUACCAUACAGGAGGAUGGCAGUAAGAAAGAACAGUAGUUCAAUAAUGGCCUGUACAAGUGACCAUGAGAAUGUGAAAAAAAAAAUUGUCGUUUGAAUAUUUUAUUUUGACUGUAAUGCAAGAGUUUUCAGCAGAAUUGCACGUUUGUUUUUUUCCCUCUGUUGGUAGCAGUUUGUAUUCAGAGCAAACUAUGAAAUUAUUGUCACAUUAAUAUUUCAGAUAUGUCACUUCCAAAUGUUUUGCUUCUGGAAGUAUAUUUAACCUUACUACAACAUCAACAGUAAUGUUGCAGAAUGUUUUUCAAAAUAUUCAAAAGAAAAGCCUGCAUUGAUUUGUUCUUCCAGUUUUUCAAACAGUUGGUGCAUAUGGUUGUACUUACUGCAUAUUGCUUAUUAGCCUUUACAGGGCACGCAAGCAUGGGGGGAUUGUGAGGAAGUGUGUGCUCUGUGUGGCCUUAAAAUAGUAGGAUCACAGUUCAGAGAGGUAACCCGGAAGUGAUCCGAUCCAUGGGGGUGAUGAACAGUACAACGAUGUAGGUCAUGCAUGUGGUACAUAUGUUAUUUUACCAACUUAGCCUUGUGGGAAAACACCUUAAAUUCACUUAAAUUCAAUGCUGUAAACGUUAGGUUCUGGUUAACAUGCAUGCUAGAAAUUUAGAAUAAAUACAGAAUAGAAUAUUGUUUACCUGGGUUGCACAAAAGAACAACCCUCACCCCCCCCCCCCCCCCUUUUCUUUUUUUUUAAUUACCUAGUGGAAUUCCUGACACACCUGCCAUCACUGGUAACACUCCCCAUUUUCACACAGAUGCCCCAACCUGGAGCAAACUAACAAUCAUUUCCCAUUGAAACCCCUUUAAAAUAUUACACCCCUAUAACUAAUAAACAUAUUUUUACAAUAAUAAAGUUUAUGUAAAAGUAAGGGUAUUCUAGUUAAUUUGUCCAACCCCUGACCUUCAAAUAUGUGUUGGCUUGGCAUAAAGAUGGAUGUUUAGCCAGUGGGGCUAGUACACUGAGGCAAAAAAAUAGUUGUAAUGUAAAUAGAUUUUAAGGAGUUGUCCCAACUCGCUCCUUUUGGCUUUCUCCGCUUCUCCAGUCUGUUUGCAGCAGCUGAAGGUGGCCGAGAAAGCCAAAAGCAGCCAAAGUGGGAUAAUUACGCAAUUUGCGUAACUUCCAUUGACUUUAAGUACAAUUCCGAAAAUGGUAUAGCCCUGUGAGCCACGGUGUUGAGAAGUUACGUGGACAAAGUAUCCCACAGGGCUAUGCAGUUUGCUCAACUCCCACAGGGCUUUGCAAAACUAUGGGAGUUACGCAAAUGGCCUGUUGGUGCUUCAGUGGUAUAAUCACUCCUCGCAUAUAACAUAAAGACUAUAUUAUGUUGGAUUACUUAGGGUAGGUUCACACUACACCUCUUAGAAAUUGUGGUGCUGGCAAUGGAAUUCCGCUGUACAAUGUACAAUACAGAAUUUCAACAGUAGAUGCUCUGCCGAAAUUUUGGCACCAAAAGAAUGAGCUUGCUCAUUCUUUAGGUGUAAUCUGCACUGAAGACUUUGGCAUCUGCGGGGAUGGGAAUGUCCUUGCGAUCUAGCCACUGCCACAGAUUGGUGGAGAGAUGCUGGGCGCACUCUGAAUCUCCAGAUGGAAUGUGUCUGUCCCCAAAUUCUUAGUGUGAACCUAGUCUUAAUGCCACUUCUUUGUUCUCCACUGAUAUGUCUGGCAGUUUUUAAUGACCGUGGUUGAUUGCACCAGGUCUCACUCCUAAGGGUGCAUUCACACCACGAUUAAUUAAUAUGGUGACUGGAUCCGGCUGGGAGAUGUGAAAAUUAGGCGUUCUCAUAUCCUUGCUGCACUCGGCCCGCAUCUCAUUCAUUUGAAUGAGCCGACUGGAGCCAAAUAGCGACUCCUGUCUGCAAAUUUUUGCCCCGUAUCCGGUUUUGUGACCGGACUGAAAACCAUGGUAUUCUACAGCUUUCAGUUCGGUCUCAAAACUGGAUACGGGGCAAAAAUUAGCUGACCAGAGUCACUAUCUGACUCCAGUCAGAGAAAUAGGUGGAUCUCUCAGUCAGUAAAACUUUAAAGUGGUACUCCACCGGAAAACAUUUUUUUUUUUUUUUUUUUUUUUUUUUUUU